UAGAUAUGAAUUUACAAAAUAGUGAAGAUCAAUAACCUACAAAUGUAAAUGAAAGCACAAUCCAAAGGGCGGCUCAAACACAUAAUCAAAUAGAAAAACGUAUUUGGUAUGUCAAUCUGAAUUUACAAAAUAAUGAAACUCAAUAUCCUAUUAAUAUAUACAUAUUUAUAAAACAAAGAGCAAAUUAAAGCAUUUGAUAUUUCUUUUGCCUUAAGACAAGUUUAAUCAUAAUUUUAUAAGAAAUAUUUUUAUAUUUUGUAAUAUUUUUGUUUAAACUAAUAUGGGCAGGUUCCCCCUCCCCACUCACGAUCACAAAAUGACGAAAAUGAAUGGCGCAGGCAAAGGGCAUUUGAUUUGCGAACUCGGGAAAGUGAGCCGUUGCCAUUCAAAUAUUCAGAAAAAAGUAACCUGCAACCUUCGCAUCCGAUAAUACUCAUACUUUACUUUGGAAGGCGGGAACACUGUUAGACGAAGAAAGGCCAGCAGUUCUAUUGCAGAAUGGAGGGAGAGAGAAUCGCUUUUUGCGACUCCAUAAAGCCAUUCUUUGCUGCUUUCUAACCAUUGCCCCUGCGUAUAUAAGCACCCAUUUCAAUUCCUCUGUAAUAUUGUUCAAAUUCUUUCCAAGAAAUAGCUAACACAUACCCAGAAAGGAAAAACGAAAAUCCAUUUGAGUUCCUUCAUCUGAAAUAAUCCGAGCUAGAUCUCCCCGGCUUACAAGGAUGAGCGGUAAUGGAAACAACCAGCUCUACUGGUGUCACCGCUGCCAUUGGAUGGUUACCGUUGCCUCAACAAACCCGUCGGAGAUUAUCUGCCCCCGCUGCUCCGGCCACUUCCUGCAAGAGAUCGAUAUUGCGAGGCCGUCGACAAACGGGCUUGUGGACGAUUUCGCCGAUUUCGAUCUCUUGCCGGUAGUCAGCUUGCUGGAAGAGUUCUCUCUCAUGCAGGAUCCCCCGAUCCGGCGCCAAAAUCACAGUUUUGAUCUUAGAGAUGAUCGGCUGUCGGAAACAGGAUCCCGAUUCCGAUUCCGAUCCCGUCCUCAUUGGACUCGCCGGAGAAGUCGUAGUUUCGAGGAGGAAGAUCUUUUGGGCCUGGAAAGGGGGCUUCUUGUUGGUCCUCGGACCUGGAUCAUACUCAGACGUCCCACUGCUCUUCGCCUACCCAGUGUUCGACAAAUGUUCCGACCCGAAGAUGGGUCCUCUGGCAUUGAUUCCCCGAACUACUUCUUCGGACAGGGACUAAACGAGCUGAUAGAAGAACUUACCCAAAACGACCGGCAGGGUCUCCCUCCGGCACCGGCGUCUGCGAUCGAUUCGGUUCCGACGGUGACGAUUACGCCGGCGCAUUUGAAGAACAACGAGUCGAAAUGCCCGGUUUGUAAGGAGGAGUUUAGGGUUGGUGAGGCAGCGAGGGAAUUGCCCUGCACGCAUUUGUAUCAUUCUGAGUGCAUAGUUCCAUGGCUGCAGCUUCACAAUUCUUGCCCCGUUUGCCGCCAGGAGCUACCGGUUCCAAGCUGUGAGGAGUGUGCCCGUGGCAGUGGCAGCGACUCUGAACAGUAUCGCAGCAGCGAAGAAGGAAGCAGUGUCCGCGGGGGCUUGAGGAUUGGAAGGCUGGCGUCUUUGUGGCCCUUCCGUUCCAGGUAUCGGCGAGUUAAUCCCCGUGACGACGACAUUCCAACCCCGAACACUAAUAACUCAUGGCGGCCUUCUUGCUGUAUUCUUUAGCCCAAAUGAUGCCGUGGGUUGAUUGAAGCAGCUUACCAAGUUUAUGAUUGAAAUUUGAAUGCUUUUUAGGGUUGCAUAAUCUAAUUACAAGAGGGCUCUGGUGAAAAUGUGUCAGCCAGUUAACAAAUCACCGUGGUAUGUCAUUUCCAUAUUUCAUCUUUACAAUUACUAACCAUAGCAAAAACCAUAGUAUGCACAUUUCUAUUAACUAUUCUACUAAUAAUUCUCCUUCUUCCUUCAAUUUUUGUGCAAGGCAUAAUGUUGGUUCCAUGGAUUCUAGUGGUGCCUCCUGGUCAUGGUGGAAGCCUACCAGGCCUGGCCUGCCGUAAUUGGUAGCAAUCUGUAAAUGGUUGGCGAUGAAAGUAGUGUGUAAUUUCAUUCAUUUACAUUUUCAGUCUAGUCAUUUUCCAACUUCACAAAACAUCACUGAAGGAUCUCCGGACAUGAUCCAUUCCAUGCCAUGCGACGAGUAGAAUGCUUUCAGCACCAGAAUAGGGAAAAUUGAUUCAACCUUGCAGUGAUGGCAAAAUAGGGAAAAUUGCCUUUGGUAUUGGUUUGAAUUUCAAACAAAACUGAUUUGUGUAAAUUUAAAUAAACAUAAUAUUAAAUUUCAUUCAAGUUCA